GUAUUUCUCCCUCAGCAUUGACUCUACUUUGUGAAGCGGUGUGAAAAGUUAAACAUCUUUAAGGCAGAAACUGUGAUAUUAAUAUCACACAAGGACUCUUGACUAAAGAAGUGUAAUCCAUUCCAGCAGAAGAGAUUGUGUGUGUGCAUAAUUUACUAAUAUUUAAUGAUGGAGAAUCCUGAUCUUGACACAGACAAUAUGUCCCUGCUUUCAAAAAACUGUAAUCGCCAGGAAAAGAGGUCAGAAUCACCAACACCCAGCUGUAUCUCCAUGAAGAGUGAUAGGUCUAUAAAUGCUCCGCUUUUAUUCAAUCAUGGAGAGCCUUCACCUCUGCACAGUAAUCUCCAGGGAAAGAGAUCAGAAUCACCAACACCCAGCUGUAUCUCCAUGAAGAGUGAUAGGUCUAUGAAUGCUCCUCUUUUAUUCAAUCAUGGAGAGCCUUCACCUCUGCACAGUGUUGAACAGAAGGCAGGCAUUAUAAUAGAAAACAACAUCACAGAUACAGGGCAUGGCCCAGAAUCUGUGGCUGUAAAUGAAUUCCAGAAAAAGUUCAAAUUAAAUCUAAUGAAGAAGUUUCAGUGUUUGAUUGGAGUGAUGAUAAACCCGGGAACCCAAACACUCCUGUGUGAGAUCUACACAGAGCUCUACAUCACAGAGGGAGACAGUGGAGAAGUUAAUAAUGAACAUGAGGUGAGACAGAUUGAGGCAGCAUUCAGGAGAACAACAGAGGACACACCAAUCAAAUGCAAUGACAUAUUUAAGCCUUUAUCUGAACAAGAUGAAUCCAUCAGAACUGUGCUGACGAAGGGAGUCGCUGGCAUUGGGAAAACAGUCUCUGUGCAGAAGUUCAUUCUGGACUGGGCUGAAGGGGAAGCAAAUCAGGACAUUCACUUCAUAUUUCCACUUCCUUUCAGAGAGCUGAAUUUGAUGAAGGACCAGAAACGGAGUAUGAUGGAGCUCCUUCAUUUCUUUUUUAAGGAAACCAAAGAAACUCAAGUAUCAAGUUUAGUUAAAGUUCUUUUUAUUUUUGAUGGAUUGGAUGAGUGUCGUUUUCCUCUAGAUUUCCAGAACACAGUGAAAGUGUGUGAUGUAACUGAAUCAGCAUCAGUGCCUGUGCUGCUGAUAAACCUGAUCAGAGGGAAUCUGCUUCCCUCUGCUCUCAUCUGGAUCACCUCCAGAUCUGCAGCAGCUGAUCAAAUCCCCUCUGACUAUGUGCAUCGUGUCACAGAGGUACGAGGGUUCAGUGACCCACAGAAGGAGGAGUACUUCAGGAAGAGGAUCAGUGAUCAGAGCCUGGCCAAUAACAUCCUCACACACCUGAAGUCAUUAAGAAGCCUCUACAUCAUGUGCCACAUCCCUGUAUUCUGCUGGAUUUCAGCCACUGUUCUAGAGAGAAUGUUGGGUAAAGGAGAUAGUGGAGAGAUCCCCAAGACUCUGACUCAGAUGUAUACACACUUCCUCAUCAUUCAGACAAAGUUCAUAAGAGGCAAAUACUCAAAGAAGGACAGUAGUAAUAAAAUGCUUCUUAAACUGGGAAAACUGGCUUUUCAUCAGCUUAUGAAAGGGAACCUGAUCUUCUAUGAAGAAGACCUGAGAGAGUGUGGCAUUGAUGUGACAGAAGCAGCAGUGUACUCAGGUGUGUGUACUCAGAUCUUCAGAGAAGAGUUUGGGCUUCAUCAGAGUAAAGUGUACUGCUUUGUACAUCUGAGUGUUCAUGAGCACCUCGCAGCUCUGUAUGUGCACCUAACAUUCAUGAUGGAAAAUAGGAAUGUUCUUAAACAGAAUCAGCUCUCUGAACAGGAGAUAAAAGAAAAUAUAAUCUCACAUUUACACAAGAGUGCUGUAGAUCAGGCUUUAGAAAGUCAGACUGGACAACUGGAUCUUUUCCUUCGCUUUCUUCUGGGUCUCUCACUGAAGUCCAAUCAGAAACUCAUACAUGUUUUAGUGACACAGCUAGAAUGUAGCUCCACAAGCACAGAGGAAACAGUUAAGUACAUUAAAAAGAAGAUCAGUGAAGAUCUUCCUACAGAGAAAUCCAUCAAUCUGUUCCACUGUCUAAAUGAACUGGGUGAUAAUUCUCUAGUGGAGGAAAUCCAACACUACCUGAAGUCUGGAAAACAAAUUGAACUCUCUUCUUCACAGUGGUCUGCUCUGGUGUUUGUGUUACUGACAUCAGCACAGGAGCUAGAAGAGUUUGACUUGAGUAAAUAUAUCAGUACAGAUAAGAUCACAGAAGCUGUUCUUCUGAAGGUGAUGCCUGCGAUCGCCGCAUCCAGAAAAGCAAUUAUCACGUGUGAUUCACUUGGAGUGAAAAGUUGGUCGGCUGUGUUCUCAGCGCUCAAUUCAGAAUCCUCACGUGUGACAGAAAUACAUCUGACUGUGAAAAGACUAGAUCUGACUGGGAUUGAUCUAAGAGACUCAGAAGUAAAUUGUCUCUCUGCUAUCCUGGAGAAUCUUCACUAUAACCUGGAGAAAGUGAGGUUGUGUGAUUACGGUGUAUCAGAUAAAGACUGUGCUACUCCAUCUCUGAGAUCAAACCCUAAACACUUGAGAGAACUGAAAUUUGCCUAUGAUUAUUUACAAGACUCGGAACUAAAGAGUCUCUCUGCUAUACUGGAGAAUCCUGACUGUAAACUGGAGAAACUGAGUUUGCGUUAUUGUGGUGUCUCAGAUGAAGGCUGUGCUGCUUUGACAUCAGCUCUGAGUUUAAACCCCUCAAACCUGAGAAAUCUGAAUCUGUCCCAUAAUAAUGUAGGAGACUCAGGAGUGAAAUGUCUCUCUUCUGUACUGGAAAAUCCUCACUGUAAUAUGGUGGCACUGAGGUUGUGUAAGUGUGGUGUCUCAGAUGAAGGCUGUGCUGCUCUGACCUCAGCUCUGAGAUUGAACCCGUCACACCUGAGAGAACUGAAUCUGUCCUGUAAUAAAAUAGGAGACUCAGGAGCGAAGUGUGUGUCUGCUGUUCUGAAGAAUCCUCACUGUAAACUGGAGAUACUGUGGUUGUGGGAUUGUGGUGUAUCAGAUGAAGGGUGUGCUGCUCUGACUUCAGCUCUGAGAUCAAACCCCUCAUACCUAAGAUACCUGAAUCUGUCCUUCAAUAACAUUGGAGACUCAGGAGUGAAGUUUCUCUCUGCUGUACUGGAGAAUCCUAACUGUAAAAUGGAGAUACUGAGGUUGUGUGAAUGUGGUGUCUCAGAUGAAGGUUGUGCUGCUCUGACUUCAGCUCUGAGAUCAAACUCCUCACACCUGAGAUACAUGGACCUGUCUAACAAUAAAAUAGGAAUCUCAGGAAAGAAGGAACUCUCUGCUCUAAUGGAUGAUACAAACUACAACCUCUGAGGGCGUUCAGUGAACAUCUCUUGGUGAUAAAGACAACAGUGUUCCUGCAUUUUCAUGUCUGGGAGUUGAAAACAUUUCUAAACACAUAACUCAAGCCAUGAUGAUUUAAAUAGUCUUAGAGGAUGAGAGAAGUGUGAAUCUGCCAAAUGCUGUAAAUCAGACCACAGUCUUUUCUACACUGACUGUUUAAGGACCUCUGAUACCGGGAAAAAAUCCCCAGAAAUCAAUCCUAUAACUAUUUAGAACAGCCACACAAACUCAAGCUGAUCCCAGUCAAAGGAAGAGAGAAAUAAAAUAACCCGGAACAGUUUCAAGACAUUUAAAAGAAAGAAAUUCUCAUCUCAUUGCAAUGCCAUCUGAGGUGUUUAUAUGAAAAAGCCCCUACGAGUCUCGCUACACGUCACAUUUACUUUGACCUUUUUUGAUUAAUGGACCAGUGUUGUUACACUAAAUAUCAGUAAUCUUGGAACACUACAUGUCCAGUCAAAUUAGUGGACCCUAUCGUUUUAGUUUUAUCGUUCUAUCCAUAUCAUUCUAUCCAUAUAGUUUUGAUGGUUUAUGUGACUUUUUGUUGUGUUUUAGUACAUAUUUAGUAUUGUAAUAUUCACCAUCCACUUUAUUAAAAACACCUGUAUACCUGCACUUCCAUGCAGUUAUCUGAUCAGAUAAUCAAGCAGCUUAAUGCAUAUAAUUAUGUAGAUUUCAAGAGCUUCAGUUAUUGUUCUCAUCAGAAUGAAGAAAAAGUGUGAUCUCUAUGCCUUUAAAUGUGGCAUGGUUGUUGGUGUCAGGUGGUGUCAGGUAUGAAACUGCUGACCUAAUGAGAUUUUUAUACAGAAAAUUUAACUUAAACAUAAUCUGCCACAGUUCUUUUUCCCUUUGUGUAAUUCUAAGAGCAGAUCCCUUUAUUCUUGUCUUUUAGCGGGGUGACUGCAGAUUAAUAUAAAGUUUUCUGAAAAAAAAAAUCUAUUAAAAAAUAUGCUAUAAUAUACAAAAAUGUUGUACAAAGUAUUUCUUUUCAAUUUAAAAUAACUAUAUAAACAUGAUUCUUUUUAUUUUUAUAAGUGAAAUCAGUUUACA